AUGUCGCCCACUUCAAAGCCCGCAACGGCCAAUAGCGGGCACAUCACGCGACCAGCACCGCUAGGCAAUACCUUCACCACUGACCCAAGUUUGCGGAGAAUACUUGAAUGGUACAUCCCUCACCACGUCGACGCACUCUCGCCACACCUAACGCGGCUCGGCGACGAGGCGGUCUCCGCAAAGAUACACGAAUGGAGUGCCGACGCAGAACGGAACCUGCCAUAUGUGAAGUGGUAUAACGUCUGGGGAGAGAGAUAUGGCGUGGAUCGGUUGGUCACGAGCGAGGGGUGGAAGAGGUUGGGUGCUUGGGGCGCUGAGAACGGUUUGAGACGGGAAUGCGAUUUACUGAUGGCUGACAAGUACGGGAAGGAGAGGAGGAUGGCGCAGUAUGCCGUAAACUACAUGACCGGUCCCUCCUCAGGCCUGACCUCCUGUCCCGCAAGCAUGACCGACGGCGCAGCACUGAUCCUGUCAAACGAGAUCGCCCGCAGAUCGCUGCCGCAAGACCAUCCAUUCCAGGUCGCAUUGCGCCGUCUCACCUCGCGCGGCACUGACGCCUGGACGUCUGGACAGUGGAUGACUGAACGCGCUGGUGGAAGCGACGUACAGAAUACCGAGACGUGGGCGACAUACUCGCCGCUCCCGGCAUCCGAAUUACGCAACGCGACGGGUCAGCCUCAGAUCGACGAAGGCGAGUACCUCGUCAACGGCUUCAAAUUCUUCUCCUCGGCUACAGACGCGAACAUUGCCCUACUGCUUGCAAAGACGACCCCCUCCGGCAAGCUGAGUGUCUUCCUCGCUCCGCUGCGCCGCACAAUCACCGACAAGGACGGGAAACGCCACGAGGUAAGCAACGGUGUGCGCAUCCACCGCUUGAAGAACAAGAUGGGUACAAAAGAGCUGCCCACUGCGGAGCUGGAGCUCGUCGACAUGCGCGCUCAUCUCGUCGGCGACCUCGACAGGGGGGUGCAGACCAUCGCCCCGCUGCUGAAUAUCACGCGCGCACAUACAUUCCUCGGCUCGCUGGGGAACUGGCGCCGGGCGCUCAGUAUCGCAAAGGCUUUUGCGAAGACCAGAACGACGGUCGGGGAACCAUUGUGGCUUAUACCUAUGCACUUACGACUCAUGGCGGAGCUUGAAGGACGGCAUCGUGCGGGUAUGGAACUGGCCUUUUUCACGAUUGCUGUCAUGGAUCUCGUCGAGAACAAGACGCGGGAUGGUCAGCGCGAGCUCGCGCACCUCCCAAGGGCAGGCGCAGAAGCAAACACUGUCUUCAGGACCCUAACCGCACUCUCAAAGGCCGUGAUAUCAAAGAUGGCUGUUGUGGGAGUCCAGGAAUGCCAGGAGGCAAUGGGCGGCGUGGGGUACAUGGAUGAGCCAGACGAACCGGAGUUUAAUGUUUCGCGGAUCCUGCGGAAUACGUUCGUCAACUCUAUCUGGGAAGGGACGACCAAUGUCCUGGCGAGCGAGUGUGUGCGAUUCCUGCUCAAGGGGGAGAACUUUGACGUCCUCGCUGGAUGGGUUGAGCGAGUGAUGCGGCUGCUUGGGGAUGGCGCGGUCCCAGAUGGACUUGGACUGAGGAGUGCGUGGACGGCUUUUAAGGCGCGGUUUACAUCUUUGCAGGAUUCGCCAGCUCUGGCUGUUGCUGAUGCACGUCGAGUCAUGUUCACGCUCGCCUGGAUUCUGGCCGGAACUCUGCUGGUCCUGGAUGCGAGAAGGGAUGGGGAUGCCGUUACGGGAGAGAUUGCACGGCGGUGGGUGAGUGGGCAGCUGGGAGUGGGGGAUACUGUGUGGAGAGAUGUCGUUGGCAUUUAUCCAGGGCCACAAGGAGAGACUGAAGUAUCUCAGGAGACUGUGCGCUGGGAUUGUAGGAUUGCGUGGGGCGUUGAGGUGCCCAGGGUUGUUGGGGGGCAUCGGAGUAUGAAGCUUUGA